AUGAUCAUUGUUUUUAAAUUCCUCAUACUCGUAAUGAUGGCCACUGAUUCUCAAUGUCUCAAUUGUCUACGGACGGCGAUAUCGAUCGUAGCCAUGCUGCUGUUGCAAGCAGGUUCCUUCAAUUCGAUCCACUGUUAUGAGAUAUACGAUCCCAUCGAUCAGAUGGCCGAUGAAUCGGUGGUCACAGUGGAAAACCACCACAACCACCACCACCAAUUGCCACCAGCAUCAAACAUUUCGAUCCAACAGCACAAAGUGGUGGAUGCUUCCGACGACGAUGGUCAAGUCGGGUUCGAUUGUCUCAACAAGACCGAAGGAUACUAUGGCGAUGAUCGCUACUGUGACAUGUUCCAUUACUGCAAGGCCGACGGCAAUCGCUUCACAUUUGCCUGCCCAGCCGAUAGUUAUUUCAAUCAGGAAUCGAUUGCUUGCGAACGAAUGGUUGAUCUUCAGCGUGAAUGUCGUAAUCAUACUGGUGACACUUUAGUCAGCCUUUUCAGUUCCACGACUUUGGUGCCACCCACCAAUUACGUCGAAUCCCCGAUAACAACAACUACUGCUUCCAACAACAUCUCAACGUCAACAACAACGACAACUACAACGACUACUGAAUUGCCAUUCAGAAUCAAUCCAAUUAUCAAGUCUAACCUUACAAACAAUAACAAUAGCAAACCUUUGGUCAAGCCUCCACUUGCCAAUUUGACUGCAAAGUUUGUUCCCAAACCUGAGGUUCCAAAAUUGUCCAUCGAUUCAGGCAUCAAAAACAUUGACAUUAUGACGAAUGAGGAUGAUGUGCAUUCAUUGUUCAAUCAAUUCGACAUGUCGUCUUCUGAUUUUCAGCCAUACAUGUGGCCACAGCCAGAAUCAGACAUGACCAGACAACCGUCGAUACAGUCUUCACCACAAGAGGAUCAUGAACACAUCAAUCAUUCAUCGAGCGAUGCUCGUCAAAGUCUAUCUGUUUCGAUACAGCGAUUUCUACGAGACAAUGUCCAACUGCCAUCUCACUUUAUUCGCAUGGUGCCUCGAUUCUGGCGACAUUUGCAAUCAUCACUACUUCGCACUGAAAACAACUUGAACAACAAACCACCAAUGAUUGGCCAAGACAGCAACAUUGUGCCGGUUUGGAACAAACCUUCGACUCGGUUACAGCAACGAUUCGAAGAGCAGAAAUCAAUGGCCACUGAAAACGACGAUGAUAACGACGACGAAAACAAACUGGCUGGACUAUCCACCUUGUCCAUUCCGGUGUUGAUACCGAUCAACCUGACUCGUGAAGAUUACCGUCAAAAUAUGGCCACAAGUCUGCUGAAACCAAUAGUGAUUCCGCUAAAAGAUCGAGGCAAACUAGUGCCUGCCUACGUCCUGCGAUUCAAUCAACAUCGACUGAAAAAGCGUUCUUCAGUGCCCGGUGCUAGCGGAAAGGACGAGAACAACAAUAAAGCAGCCGGAAGUGGCCACAAGAAACUGUUACCCAAAUUGACAUUGCGUUCCAGUUUGCUCACCAGCCUGAUUCCACCGCUUCUUCGAAAUAAACUGACCAAAUCGAUGAUGGCCAAACAAAAGCCAGAAUCGACUGAUAAAACACCGGCCAGCAAAUCAAAUGACGCUUCGUUAAUGAUGAUGGCUGCAGCAUUGGCCAACAACAAUGCAUUUUUGCCACUGUCUGUGUAUGGGCCAUGGUGGACUCCAGAAUCGUACACAUUCAUACAACAGCAACUGCUCAAAGCUGCCGAAUCAUCGAACCAUCCCGUCUUUGAAAAUGGCAAUGCGGCAUACUUGCCUUCGUCAUACUACACGAAAGUGACCGGCAAAGAACAAGCUCAUCCCACCACAUAUCCAACAACAAAACAGCUGUUCAAGACGGGCAAAUCGCUGAGAUCCGCAAACAUCACGACAUCAUCACAGUCACGACCCAAGACGAUAAAUCGCAAGAAUCAUGCGACUAUAUCGACUAACGCAAACGUCUACGUCCCCGAUGAGCUGUUUGAUGAUCACCAGGCUUUGACCGAUAGUCGACAACAGCAGAGAAACAAGAAUCACGAAUCAUCAGGUCAUCGACCGAGCAAUCGAGAUAUGGCGAUUGUCAAUGGCACAACGUUGAGUAUUGUCGCAAAAAAGACAAACGAACAUCGUGGCAAGUCACCGCCAGAUGAUCGUUUUACCUCGACUGUGUCGGCGUCAAUGAUGGUCGGUCGGUUUACCGCACCCAACAUGACGGAAGCCAGUACGACAUUGAAUCGCGACUACGAAUCGGAAUCGAAAUUGAUCGAAUCGAGCAGCAGUAACCACAGACGGCGAAUCAAGUGAAUGAAUGCCCAACUGUGGACUAUUUAUUGAGAAUUCCCUUGUACAUAUCAAGUGACAUUCCUGUUGUGUCUGUCAAUCGAUUUGGUUGAUUCGAUCGAUUAUGCUUGAGUUAUAAUAUAAAAGUUUUGAAAAUAAAAAUUUCAACUAAUCUCAA